AUGGGCGAGACGUCAUUUUGCGCCAAAGAACCGGCGGCCUCGGCAAGCGCUGCCUCGAACGCCGACUGGUGGACAAACGCGUCGAGGCGCGUCGAGGACAUGAUUGUCAACAUAACCACCAAACAACCUAUUCCUCCAUUUACAGUCGUAGUCAUGAACGAGCCACCUCAUAAACGCAGACGAACCUCGUCCCCAUCGCAAGCUCCAUCUAGCCCGCUACGAAAGCCUCCACGACGGCCGUCUUUUGCAUCUCCUACGAAAGCUAGUCUUGCGCGCAACUACCCCAAUUUACUACCGACUCGCACGCCGCCUCGCGAUGAUAUCCGAUCUCGGGGGAAGCAGGCACUUGCUUUUGUGCUCGGCGAAGAUAGGACCCCACCAGAAGGGACGGAAGACGCGGGCGAGGAAGAGUCAGAAUUGCCUGCAACCCCAUCGCAGGGAGGACUCGAAGGACAGGAAGAGCCGCGUCGAGGGAUACUGUUCUCUUCGCCGAGCAAACGUCCGCCUCGUGCACCCAGUGUAUUCAAGCGAUCUCCUCUGGCAAAAGCACCUUCAAACCAACAAAAUCAGCUCACUAGACCUGGGGAUGAUGUUUUGAGCAUAGAAGGACCUCACCAGUCGAAGAAAGUCAGAAAACCACUCCCGGACCCUGAGAUCGAGAGGAGGAAGCAUUUAAAGGCACAGCUACAAAAGGAGAUUGAAGAGCUGGAAACACAAGUGUCGAGAUGUACCGAUGAGAUUAUAGCUGAGCAGCAACGUGAGGUAGAUGAUGUACUGCUGCCUACCCAGCGCACAGAUUUGAUCAAGUUCGUCACCAAGGUCAGCGGAGCAGAUGCAGAAAUUGAACGGCCGACACCGGUGUCAAGUCUCCUGUGCUCUUUCCUGCCAUUUUCGAGCUUAACCAUACCUCCACCGAAGCAGAAGCAUCCAAACAAGCCAGUUCCCUCACAUCGGCCAUUAGACGUUUCAGACUUUUUGCCAUAUCUUGAGAUGUUCACAUCCUUCAAGUUCUCCACACAACUUGGCCUCCCGCGAGGUAAGGUCUUUCCAACCUCUACUCGUGUCCAUCAGAAGCACACGAUCGAAAUAAGUGGCCCUCAGAAGCUCCUCACUGCACAACUGGCUGUCAACAUUGAUUGUUUAAGCAACGAAGUCAUCGAUAUGCACAUCCUCCGUCUGCCGUCCUGGGCUGAGCGUGAGCUGGGUAAUUUUAUGCGUACAAAAGCGAAAGAGAAGGAUCUAGGUAAUGCCUGCUGGGCCAUAGACUCUUUCUGGAACAUUGCAACGAAGCGCGCCAACUACUGGCAUCGAUGCGAAGAAGCAUUCGCUCGACUUGUCCCAGGGCAUUUAGUCACAGACAAGAAACAUACACUAGCAACCAACACGAAGUCUUCCGUACUCUCGCGAAAAGAUCUGAGUCGACACCUGGGACGAGACAUGUUCGUUCUGCAAGACGAACACGUUCUGCUAAAAAUCAAUUGGCGUAUUACGUUCGACUGGACUGGUGAGGCGGAGUCGAGUGUGGACAUGGAAUGUGCUGUGCCUACCGUAUGGCAGGAGGCUGAUGCGAGCGAGGCAUUUCGUAAGAUUCCAGAGACGUUCAGUGCACUCCUGCGCACGAAGGGCGCCUUUGCAGCUACACGGAUAAUGGUCGCGCUGCUGUUUCCGCAGUGA